AUCAAGGCGUACGACUCAGUCGACGACGAUUGGCAUUGGAAAUGCGUGGGCGCCAAAGCCCCAUGUGCGGAAGCGUAUUCGACGCUGCUCGUUUGUGAUCCAACAGCUGGUAACAACGGUUCUGCGAUGACCUCUCUCAGCUCAGAUGUGACGAACGCGGUCUGGUAUGCCUAUAGGCACCAUGAGAGACUUAAAGGUUGCGUGCCACGAAAUGAUCUCAUUACGCUGACAUCCCGCAUCGGUCACGUUGUCGGAGCUCCCUUGGUGGCACACUCUCUCACGCUUCAGCAGACGCCUCUUCUACAUUUCGGUCAACUGAUGUGUUUUUUAGAGAAAGAGCUAUUCGCACCCUUUCAGGCGUCCUGUGAUAUAAAAUUAAUGCAAAGGAGUAGAGAUCAAAUAGAGGAGGUAUGUUGGCAAGAAUGCUCCCAAAGUUUACUAAGUAGUUCUUCACGGCUGAGUCCGGUGUUGCCGGAACGAGCCGUCUAUCACCUGUUCCGUGUGUUUUGCUUUCUUGCUGAGCUAAAAUCUGAUGAACACGGAAAAGUUCAUGUUCUACUUUCACCGGAAGAGGCCGAGGAAUUAAGUCAUUCAUUCGUGCAGGCGCUUGGUGAGCGGUGGAAGCCCUCUGAGAUUUUGGCUUUAUUGCCUCAGACACCUCUAGACUUUUCCGCUCUAUUAAAUUUCGUUGAGACUCAUCUAGCCCAAGAGCAGGACCCUCGCGGUUUGGCUGAAGCCGCCGCGGAAAUGUUUGACAUCUACAUUGGAGAUGUGAUCAAGAAAGGCCCUGUUAAACGAAAGCAUUUCACUAUCUGGUGGGAAUACGUUCUGGUCGUCCGACCCCAUUUUUUGCAAUUCUACAAUGGUAAAGGCAAGAGGGUGAGUGAAUUCCAAUUAACAUCGCGUUCUCAGGUAGGCAGUCCUUCAGGCUCCGGUAUACCAAGCUAUACAAGCCUUCCGUCAUUAAACAUUAAUUUCAGUUUAUCAAACUCUACUUCGUCUCGAGGCCACAAAUUCUUUGUUAUCAUCAACAAUUCACCUCAGGACCCGGAUGGCGGAAAGUUGCUAGAACUCAGCGCUCCUUGCUAUAAGUCAAAGCUUCAGUGGAUGAGCGCUAUACAGUGUGCCAUAUCCCAUUCACACUCACAGAGAAGUUACCAAAGUUACCUCGCUAGCCAACGCAAAAUUGUGAGACUCGAAAAGCGCGCCUCGGAAGAGGCACGUCAGAGAGAAAUAGAAGCACGGAUCGCGCAGCGCGUCGAGACCGAAAUGGUGACACCCCUUCGAAAAGAGAUUGCUCUCCUCGAAGAAAGGGUUCGUGAAGAAACUCAAGCAAAACGCGAUGAGGAAAUUGUACGGGGAGCUCAAUCCCGCCUACUCGUAGAGGAAUGGGAAAAAAUGGAAAGGUUGCAAAAAGAACUCGAGGCCACGAAAGUUGAAUUGAUAAAAGUGAAAAGUGAAACUGUGCGGUUGGCCAGAACCCAGCCUCAGCUUCGACCCCAACUUCAUCGAGCUCGUUCCUGGGGUGAUAACAUUGAUCUUGAGGUCGACAUUCCGGAACACAAGUCUAGGCGAACAGCCAUAGCUCCCAAAAUAGCCAGCACUAAGGAUAUUCUUCGAAUGGAUCUAAAUAUCAAAGGCACGACCCAAAAUGGCUACGAUAAUUUGCAGUAAAUGUAUCCUUUCUUGCCAGAAGUUCCUGACAAAUCUGAUUGAGACAAGUUUACCAUUAGCAGAAAUUAGCUACGUAUUUUCAAUGCUUAACUUACAUAAUUCUGGCGCUGUUAUCAAUGACACACGUGAAAACUAUGACCUGCUUUAUACAAAACAAUGAUUGUAUCUGACACAGGUGAAAAGGUAUACUUACAAUUAGACGAAUCUUUUGAUUGAACCUUACGAAUGAAUCUUCAUUGAAGUAAUAAUAAUUAUUCAAUUUUAAGUCGGACCCGAACCCUGGACUCGCUAUAAUAAGCGCGUUGAGGCGGAAAUUAAUUAGAUAUUUUUUUUUAGUUGUCUUAAACGACGACUAUCUAAUUGUCCGUUGUUGGAACAUUAAAUAAAGGUGCUCCUAGCAAAUUUUUGAAAAAAAAUCCCAUUCUACCACUUUUAGCGACCGAUUUUGUUAUUGUUGAUCACGUACCUUGGGGUCUUUUGUCGGCUGACAACUGGUACAGUAAUUAAUAAACGAGCAGGUUUUGAGACCGGCAGGUGUGCACGCGGCCGGCAGACAACUCGGCUGAAUUUUCAGGCCUAUGAAGAUGAAAUACUCCUGCAUUCCUCGAGUGAUAAUCAUUGUAAUAAACGUCGAUGACUAUAACAACUGGCA